AUGCCCCGUACAAGCAAUAGUGGUGCCCCCGCCGACGGCACCAUCGACAGCCUCGAUACCCUGGAUAUCGAUGACAUGUUUGCUGAUGAUGGCGAUGCCCUUUUCGAUGGCCUCGACCUUGACCUAGAGCCUAUGGGCGACAUUGCUGACAUGGGAAAUGCUGCAGAAGCAUCUGCUCCAACUGAGCCUGCGAAGGAAGAAAAAGCAGGGCCCGCUCCAGUGCCAGUUCCUGCCCCUGAUGAACCUCCCAAGCGUCGAAAGACGAAACGGAAGUUAAAGGCAACUGUUCUCACAGGUGAAGAGGAAGAUGAAGCUCCAAUGAAGAAGAAGAGGCGAGCUGCAAAGCCCGGUACAACGAAAAAGAAAACAUCAAAGAAGGAAGAGUAA